GAAGAGGGAGGACGCUGCUGGGUCUGGAGUGUCGAUCGGAUCUUGUCCCUUUUUUUUUGUUUUUUCUUCAAAAGCCCUUUAAGACCGUGGAUGUAUACAGUUAGUGCGUGACGAUGGAGCGAGGUGGCGGUGGAAGCAGUGGCAGUGGCAUCGGCGAUGACGGGCGCUGUGCCUGUGGACGUACGCUGGAGAUGGUGGGCGUCCAUGUGAGCCCCACCACCGGCGGACAGUUCGAACUCCGGGUCGCGGCCACGGACUCCGUCGAGUUCCUGCGGCGACUAGUGUCGAAGCGGCUCCGCGUGCCCAAGGAGCGGAUAUGCCUCCUGUACCGCGACAGGCACCUGAGGGAUGGCACCUUAGAGGAGAACAGCAUCAUUGACGGUGCGAGGAUAACCCUCCUUCCCUCCGUGGAGACCGGCUUACUGGUGAGUCAUGCGCGGGCGGCGCGGGGAAGGUGUGAAUGA